CAACACCGCGCGCGGUCGCGUCUCUACAAAUCUAAACGAACUUCAAAGAAAAUUUUAAACGAAAUAAAACCUUAUCUGAUAUUUAAAUGUUAUCUUCGUCGAGUUUUCGAACGCGCUCAUGUGCUAAUGUGACAGUUUAUAUUUUUCUGCGGUGAAGUUGUGAAGUGUCAAAAAAAGGAGGGAAAUAUUAUUUCUUUUUUUUCUUUUUUUUUUUCAAAAUGAACGUCACCGAUUUUUAUGACGUGAUGCCUACUACUACGCCAGCUAUGGAUUUAUUUAAUAGGACAUCAAUCGACAUGUUUAAUAGCACGGUGUUCAAUGAAACAAGUACGGAAGCCCCCGAUUUUCGUACGUGGUUAACGGAUAUCGUAAUGAAGAGAACGGCGUUACAAGGCAACUUCUGGCAAGGAUUCCUCGCUUCGUUGUCAGUCGUCAUCGUCUCAGAACUAGGAGACAAAACGUUCUUCAUAGCAGCGAUAAUGGCGAUGAAACAUCCAAGAAUCAUAGUUUUCGCUGGAGCUAUUUCGGCCCUUGUAUUCAUGACGAUACUAUCGGCUGCUUUCGGCUGGAUCGCCACCGUGAUCCCAAGAGUGUACACGUACUACGUCAGCGCGGCCUUGUUCGCGAUAUUCGGCAUCAAAAUGUUGAGGGACGGCUGGAAAAUGGACCCAAACGAAGGUCAGGAGGAGUUGGAGGAGGUGCAGAGUGAAUUAAAAAGAAGAGAGGAUCAGGAAGAGAAAGAGGAGACCCUUGACAUGCUGGAGCAAGGUCAAGCGGAGAACAAGCGGAGGAAACGUAAUGCGAUACUGAAGGUGCUGCUACAAGCCGCCACAUUGACUUUCUUGGCUGAAUGGGGAGACAGGUCGCAGCUAGCCACGGUUGUAUUGGCGACAAGAGAAGACGCUGUUGGCGUUGUAGUCGGGGGGUCGCUCGGACACGCGCUGUGCACGGGCUUGGCUGUGAUAGGAGGAAGAAUGGUGGCGCAGAAGAUAUCUGUGAGGACUGUUACAAUAAUUGGUGGUAUUGUGUUCCUGUUCUUUGCAGUGAGUGCUCUUUUCGUUGGUCCCGGCGAAUAAUAAUACAUUGUGUGUAAAAAACACAUGUGCGUGACAAUAUAUACGUUUUAAUAAUAAUAAUAAUAAUAUUAUAAUAGGUAUUAUACCUUAGCUAAUCUCAUUCGUUUUUGUGCACAGUACAACAGUGUGUUUAUUUCGAAUACGGCAACAUCGGUUAAUGUCAGAUUUUUGACAGCGAUAUCGGGUUUGAUAGGUUCUACAAAAAAUAAAAAAUACAGCCUUUAUUUGAAAAAAGAUAUGUGAUAUAGACAUAUGGGAAUGUUGGUAAUGUAGAUUUUAGACUAAAGCGAAUCGAGUGUGCUGUCAGUGAAACUGUUGAUCUGACGGAUUGCAGUAAUGACA